AUGAACCCCAAUGAAGUUGAGGGUGAACCGAGGAUGUUUCACAUGAUAUUCAGCGCACUCCCGAUUACAGUGAGUUCUGAACUGCCUGCGCAUGCAAAAAAGCAUUUAUAUGCAGCAAAUAGUCUUUCAAAAUUAUGCAGUCCUACUCAUGACUUUUUUGCGCCUCCCGUUUUUCCCAGGGAGAGGCCUCGUGUUCUGGCCGUUGACGGUGUGGACCCUGCGGGCAUCCAGAUACUUGAAGAAAUUGCCAGCGUAGACUCGAGAGCUUCCAUCACGGCCGAAGAGCUUCAGCACAUUAUCCCCGCCUACGACGCACUUAUCGUCCGCAGCGCUACAAGCGUCACUGAGACGCUCAUUCGAUUAGGAUCGAAGCUGAAAGUCAUUGGAAGGGCUGGGGUAGGGGUCGACAACAUCUGUUUAGAGGCCGCUACUGCCCGAGGCAUCUAUGUCGUGAACUCUCCGCAAGGAAACACCAUUGCGGCGGCAGAGCUAGCACUCACCCUCAUGAUGGCGCUCUCCCGCAAAGUCACCCUCGCAGACAAAUCCGUCUCACAAGGCCAUUGGGAACGCAGCAAAUUUCAAGGAUCUCAGGUGCAUGGCAAGACCAUUGGUAUCGUUGGAAUUGGACAGGUGGGGUCUUACAUAGCGCUCAUCUGCAAGAGCAUGGAAAUGGAGGUAUUAGCAUACGAUCCAUUCGUAAACCAGGCCAAGGCUCAGGCACUGGGGGUAACCAUCGUCAGCCUCGAGGAUCUCCUCAAAAACAGUGACAUCGUAACGCUGCAUGUACCUCUCAUACCGAGCACCCGCAACCUCAUUCGAGCAGAGACACUUGCCCUCAUGCGACCUCACGCGCUUCUUAUCAACACGAGCAGAGGAGGCGUAGUCGAUGAAGCGGCAGUGGCUAAGGCAUUGACAGAGGGUCGCUUGGGAGGCGCCGCUUUGGACGUGUUCUGCAACGAACGAGCGUUCUCUCCUGAUAACCCCCUUUUAGUUGCAAAAGAAAAGGGUGUAAAUCUGAUCCUUACUCCGCAUAUUGGUGCCAGCACCAGAGAGGCGCAAAUCAACGUCUCGCUAGAUGUAGCUCAGCAAGUAAAACACAUACUCUUAGGCGAACUCCCCAAGUCGGCUGUCAACCUGCCCGUAAGCCGAAGUCGUUUGUGUCCUCAGGCGGCACUCCUGGUGCCUGUGCGGAUAAUGCCCGAUUGUAGCAGAAAGCGGCCCUUCUCCUCCCCGUACACCACUCUGUGCAGUUCUGCUGCUGCUGCCGCAACGCAGCCACAGUCAGCGUGGGAAACAGGAGUGCUUCCUCUAGGCGCCGUUGCUGGCGUUUUCAGGAGGCUGACUUGCCGUUUCAUGACUUCGAACCUCAGUAUGCCUGGUUGUGGGCUGCCUCGAUCGGAUUCGUUGCAAACCUCAAUAUGUACCUUGUUGCAUGAUGCCUCAAUAUGCCUUUUUGCGCAAGCUCUUUUCGUGCAUGCAGGCAGACUCAGUAGCCAGCUACUCAAGCACCCCAUGGAGGGCCUUCAUCUCAAGGUCUUUGGCGAUAUUGAAAACGAGCAACUUGACGUCCUCCUCCUUGCUGUAACUCAAGGUGCCUUAGCUCCACAUUGCGAGCAUCGUGUCAACUUCGUGAACGUGCGGCAGUUGGCUGCUGCACACAAGAUCAAACUCUCUGUAUCCAAGGCCUACGGCUCGCGAAGCAACGUGUUCUUUGAGGUUACUGUACACUCCAGCGACGAGAGCGCCUCGCUAGGAGGCUGCUCCACCAAUGAGGGCACCCUCAUCCUGCGAAGCUUUAAAGGCAUGCCUAUCGCUUUCUGCAUGCCGCAAAUCAACGCUGCGACUCCCGUUCAUUCGGAGGCGACAACUCCCUUGGAAACGUCUUUCUCGCCGGCAUCUAUGGCCGGUGCAGCAAAAGAGGGAGACCUUGACAGCACAGGAGACAGCCUGCCGGGGGCAGACUUUGGCCUUCCGCCACAUCAUUAUCGGCCGAUUUAUAUGUUUUAUACCCUCCACGUGGAUAGGCCAGGCGUCUUGUCAUCCAUCCUCUCGAUCAUAAGUUCUGCCGGGAUUAAUGUUGCGAAUUGCCACUUAGGGCGCCGGUGGGUGGACAGAGCAUCGCAGGAGGAUCUCCUCGAUAGGCCUUUAGAGACAGCAAGCCCUCAAGGGCCGAAUGUGUCUCAGGGGGGUGCUUCUGGCGUUCCUCAGGAAGUUUUAGGCAUGUGUAUAUUUCACAUAGACAGCGCCGUAGACGAGAACUUGUUGGAGAGCAUUAGGCAGCUACAGUACGUUAGAGAGGCCAUGGUGUUUGCGACGCCGUGUACACUGGGCCUGACCCCACAAUGUAUGCGUAUCGUCUGCCCUCUCUGUGCCUCACUUCCAGCUUGCAUGUCUCGCCUCCCACGGAACAGCCCCACAUUCCCUCUCCUCCCCUGUCCCCCCGACCCACCACCUCCUGAAACGCAGGCAGGCGGUCGCCAGUACCAUGAGUUGGCGGAUGCUUUUGACACAAGCAUAGGAUGCACAGACACCGCCACUUGUGCAGAACCACCCACGAGAGGCCAAUGCCCUCCAACAAGAAGCCUCCCCACGUCCCCCUACACACAGCGCGCCGGCGCAAUUCGCCAAGGCACUGCCGAGGCUUCCAUGCUGCCGCGCGCUUAG